AUUAGCAGAGUGUGCUGUCACUGUCAUAUGGCAAGCCAAGGCAGCCUCGACUGGUUUAGAACAGAGACGGUUAUCACGGAUUGCAACUGUUCACUCUCCGCUGUUCCCACCAGAGCCCUGGGCUUAAUCCCGAGCAGAACGCAGCCUGUCACAGAGCUUUCUUCUCCAGCUUCUUGUUUGUUAAUGGAGUUCCGGCAGGGCAGCGGUGAUUACUGCCACGCCCAACAUCGCAACGCAUGAUCACGGGUGAAUACGCCCGGAAUCUGUCCCUGAAUGUCCAGAGUAACGCCUUCUCUGCUCUUCUCUUGCUGGUCUUUCUGACUGACCACUUUGUUGUGCGCCAAAUGGGUUAACCGGCAUCGAGGCACCUGGCAUUUAACUACCGGACACUUUUCCACCUGUCUAGUUGCCAGAGUAUCGAGAGGAAGAAGCCAAUUUGUUUGAAGAGGAAGACUCUUGUUGGCUCUAACUUCCCAGAAAGGCAGCUUUAAAUUUUAUAUACUGAUUAGAAGUGAUUUAUCACGAGGGAUCCUACAAAUCACGGACACCUUCACUGUGAUCUUCUGUAGCUCUGUGGAUUCUGGCCCGGACUGGGUGCUGUGUUUACUGUAGAGUGGAGGGACACCAGCAUGACCAAGAUGAACCGUCCGGCUCCUGUCGAGGUCUGCUACAAAAACAUGCGCUUCCUUAUCACGCACAACCCAACCAAUGCAACGUUAAGCAGCUUCAUUGAGGAUUUGAAGAAGUAUGGGGCAACAACAGUAGUGCGUGUGUGUGAAAUCACCUAUGAUAAGACGCCACUGGAAAAGGACGGAAUUACUGUCAUGGAUUGGCCAUUCGAUGACGGUGCACCUCCUCCUACUAAGAUCGUGGAUGACUGGCUUAGUCUGUUGAAGAAUAAGUUCUGUGAGGAUCCAGGCUGCUGUGUGGCUGUGCACUGUGUGGCCGGACUGGGCCGGGCUCCGGUGCUGGUGGCUUUGGCACUUAUAGAGAGCGGGAUGAAAUAUGAGGAUGCCAUUCAGUUCAUCAGACAAAAGCGCCGGGGCGCCAUCAACAGCAAGCAGCUUACGUACUUGGAGAAGUACCGGCCCAAACAAAGACUGCGUUUCAAAGACCCACACAACCACAAAAGCAAGUGCUGCAUAAUGUGAUCUGGUCCUACUAGCCUGCAUCUGAAGGAGCAAGUCACACAUGGACUAAACCGGACUUAAAUUACCAACCUAGUGCAUUUGAACUCUUUCUACUUUCCAGGAGGGGUAUUAAUCCCCUUUUGGUGUUUAUGUCAGACCCCUACACACAGGGUCUUUACCAGCUCAGGGCUGUGAAAGGCGAGCCUCUUGAAUUUUGUCUUUACACACAAAACCCCUAUCCUCUGUGUUCACAAAUGAAUUGAGAACACAAACACACGCCAAUGCAUAUUCGCAUUUCGCACACACUCAAUGCUACCAGCCAUCACACUGUACCAGCAGCACACAAUCCAAAGAUGGUCAUGGCCACCUGCUUCAACAAAAUCACAGUUGUUAUACUCGCGCUUUCGUAUGAAACUGUUUGACUACCCUGUCUUUCUCUCUGUCUCUUUUGUCAUUUUGAAGUGUCAGAAUGCAUGUUGCUCUACAUUUUUGGGGAUGCGAGUGAGUGAUUUAACCUUGUUCUUUUUUUCUACCUUAUAUCAUGAAUCUACUCUGGGAUUCGAGUUUUACACCACUGGCUCUUUAUUAAUAGAACUGUGGGCAUCUAGAUGGAUAACAUAGCACACUUUGACAAGACUUCCAGGUUUUUGGAUGUUUUAGCUGCUUUCAGAACACUUUAAAUAUCCAGCUUAUCUGAAACCCGGUUGUGCCGCAGAAUGAACUGAGAGAAAUCCACGAGUGAGCGCACUUGUAGAUCUGUAGAUUUGUCUUAAUUUAUCAGCAACCACAAGAGGGAGUCCUCACACUACAUGCUUCAAAUGAAAGAUCUUAGCAUAUACGUACAGAAUCUUUGAAUUUCAAUAGUUUUAUUUAUUUUUUUUGUUGUUUGCGCUCAGUGCUCACAGGUGGCUAUUUCUCAAAGACAUAGUUGUACUGUGGACACUUUAGAAUUACAGAAUGAACUUUUGAGUGAGGCUAAACCUACUUUGCGUUGGUCAUAUAAUGGGAAAUAAAAUAAAAAGCAGAACUAGUGGUCAAAUAUACACCAACGGAGGGAAAAAUUUAACGAAUCUGUGUUGGUACUGAAAUGAUCUCACAUGCUUAGUCAAUCUGCUUCCAUUUUGGAUAUGAAAUGCGCAUAAGACUUUGGAUCUGGGAUAAUCUCACAUUUCUCUACCUUUGAAAUCAAAAGCUAGUGAAGCAAAUGUUAAAGAAAUAUCUAAUAAAAGAGCAUUUUUGCAUAACUGCAUCUUAAAGACUAUGAGAAGGAUACGCAAAUUGCACAUAUUAUGGAUUAAAUUAUUUUCCAGUUAUAUUCACUUAAUCUCAUGAUUAUCUACAGAAAUAAUAGCAGGAGAAAUGUUUUACAGGAACAUGCAAGCUCACUUCAAUUUAGAGCUUAAUACAGGACAUCAGUUGUUAAUCAAGUUUGCAUUUCUGGUUAUGACUAAAAAAGGUGUGAAUAUGCAAAUCAGUUAAAUGUUUCUGUUGCUCACAUGUAUAAGGGCUUCUCUUUUAUACAGCCUCUUUAGUCACUUUUGUUAUCUGGAAUGUUUUGUAGGGUUGUUGUCUAAAUAAUUCUCAGAAUGUCUCUGAAAAUGGAUAUGAUCAGCACACUAAUAAUCAAAGGAAACAUUUUUUUUUCAGGUGAGUGAGGCUCAAACUACAUGCCACGUCUCAGGUUUAUCCUAAAACUCAUUCAUUCAGAGUCCUUAAGAUGAUGACAUCAUCCAUAGGAAUGUCCACUUUUUUAAAAACUUUUUUUCACGUGUUCACCCUUUUUCUUCUUUUCUUUUGAAUAAAACAGCAGAGCUGAAGACACUA